AUCGCCAGCGAAAUACCAACUCUCGCAGACCAACAAAUUCAAACCAAACGGCGGAAGAUUCAACUCCUCCAGCAGAAGCAACAUUAAGGGUAAUGUUUUACUAAUUUUGACUUAUAAAUUUUGCAAAUUUAAUUUUAAUACUAAUGUUAUAAUUUAUAAAUUUGUAGAAUAAAGACAAAUACAAAUGGUCAUACAUACAAGAAAAAACAUUAAUUCAACUGUUCGACGAAGCAGUUGCUUUGGAUGAUUAUACUCUUAAAAAUCCAUCAGCUAUCGGUAGAGAGUAUAUGGUUGACAAAUUCAACCGGGCGUUCAAUAUGAAUAUAACUUAUAAUUUCUUCAAAAACAAGCUUGAUGAAUUCAAAAAAAGUUAUAAGAGAUGGAAAACUCUAAUGAGUUUUACUGGUAUCUCGGUUGAUCCUGAUACAUCUAUGAUAUAUGCGUCCGAGGCAUGGUGGAAGGAACGUGAAGUCGUAAGUAUACAUAAUUUUUAUAAUAGCAAAAUCAAAUAGUUACAUAUAAAAUAAUCUAAUGAGUGUAUAUUUAUAGGGGUGUAAAUUAACAAAAAGCUUGAACCGAAAGCCACCCAUUUUUUGGGAGGUGAUGGUACGAUGUUUCGCACUACAUGAUGUUCAAUCGCAAUCUCAACACUCUGCACGCCAACGAAGAGAAGAGUUGAUCAACACACGUUUAGUAGAUGAAGAAGUUGACGAUGGAUCCGACACAGAUAGUGGUGAUCGCCCACAAACACAACCUCAAGAGAUGGAAGAAGAAGAAGUGUAUCGUGUUAUAGUUGACGAUGGGACACAUCAUUUGAACGAAGAUACCAAUGAAACAGUUCGUAGAUGCCAUCAACGAGGGAGACAAAAUGUACAAUCAAGUGCUAGACGUGGGACCACAUCUCAUAGAUUAGGAGAAACUUCUCGAGUUCCUCUCAGGGGUGGGUCACGAGGAAAUAGAAGAAGACAAUCUUUUGAGACAACAAUACAAGACACUAUCGCUGGAUAUACAGAAUUUCAACGACAAAGUUUACAACAACUUCGUCCAGGUGCUUUUGACCAAGAAAACUAUGAUGAAUGGAAAAAGGCAGAAGAAAUAUUUCUUGCUCUAAGCAUUCCAAAAGGAAGAUUUUACUGGACAUGCCUUAAUACUCUUAAAGAGUUAGUCUUUUGGCGUAAGUAUUUUCUUGAUAUAGCUGGAAGCAUCGACGAAGAUAAGUUACAAUUAUUAGAAGCUAUGACUGGUGUUUCACGAAACAACGAAGAUGUGCCAAAACAGUUAGGUGUUGACCAAUCAUGUGGGAGUUCAUAUAGUCAACAGUGGGGCACACCACCAACUGCUCAACAAUGGGGUACCCCACCGUUUUCUCAGCAAUGGGGUACACCACCAAAUGCUCAACAAUGGGGUACACCGCCAAGUGUUUCACGAUGGGGGACACCACCUAAUGCUCAGCAGUGGGGUUCACCCCAGCCAACUCAACAAUGGGGACAACCACCAAAUGUUCAACAAUGGAACACACCGUCAACUUCUCAACAAUGGGGCACACCACCAAACUCUCAACAAUGGGGACCACAGCCAAAUAUUUCACAGUGGAGUACGCCACCAAAUGCUUCACAGUGUGAGACACCACCAAAUGCUUCACAGUGGGGACUUUCACAAAAUACUUCAGGGUGGGGGAUUUCAUCAAACUUUCAACAAGGCGGACCAGCAAGGACGAAUCCGACAACUGUUCAAUAUGGAUUUUCCGUUGGAAGUGAAGAAGAAAGUGUGAGAAAUGCUCAAGAAAAUAAUGCAGCAGUCGGAACUUCACCAAACGAUAAUGCUGGUCAUACUUCACAUACACCUAGACCAGGAGGUUUAUUCAAUAUAUGGGGAACAUCUAUAAAUAUAAACGAAAGUCACCAAAAUUACUCAGAAGACGAAGAUUAGUUUUUUGAUAGUUGUAUUUCUAUAUUCUAGCUUUUAUUGUAAAAUAUUGAUAUGUUUUUAGUGUUAUAAUCAUUUUUAUUUGGUUAAUAUAUUUUAUAUUUUGCUGACAGAUUAUUUUAUUUCAUGUUUAAAAUUUCAGGCUUUUCG